AUGACCUCUCGGCUGUUCUGCAGGUCCCUCCGAGCUUGGAGCCGCCAGACCACACAGUCUUUGCUCCGCCCCGUCCCGAAUACUAGGCGAGUGCCUUGCCAAGGCCUGUCUGGGGGCGGGGGUAGGUCCUCCCAUGCAGGAGGGGAAGGUCGUCUAGAAAGUUCUUCUGCCAAAAGCUUCACAGAUAUUGGCAUCAGAAGAAUCUUCUCUUCGGACCAUGACAUCUUCAGGGAAAGUGUCCGGAAGUUCUUUCAAGAGGAAGUUAUUCCAUAUCACACAGAGUGGGAAAAAGCUGGAGAGGUAAGUAGGGAACUUUGGGAAAAAGCAGGAAAACAAGGACUGUUGGGCAUCAACAUUGCAGAGAAAUGUGGUGGUGUUGGUGGAGAUGUGCUUUCCAUGGCCGUUGCCUGGGAGGAACAAGCAUACUCAAAUUGUACAGGCCCAGGAUUUGCUCUUCAUUCAGACAUUGCCAUGCCCUAUAUUGCAAACUAUGGGUCAGAAGAACAGAUUAAACGAUUUAUCCCAGAGAUGACUGCUGGCAAAUGUAUUGGGGCCAUCGCUAUGACGGAACCUGGGGCAGGAAGUGACUUACAGGGAGUAAGAACAAAUGCAAAGAAAGAUGGAAGUGACUGGAUUCUCAAUGGUAGCAAGGUCUUCAUCACCAAUGGAUGGAUGUGUGAUGUAGUGAUCGUUGUCGCUGUUACUAAUCGUGAAGCUCGCUCACCUGCCCAUGGAAUUAGUCUUUUCCUAGUGGAAAAUGGAAUGAAAGGAUUCAUCAAGGGACGAAAACUUCAUAAAAUGGGAUUAAAAGCUCAGGAUACCGCAGAGCUAUUUUUUGAAGAUGUCCGUUUGCCAGCAAGUGCCCUUCUUGGAGAAGAAAACAAAGGCUUCUAUUACCUCAUGGCAGAACUCCCACAGGAAAGAUUAGCGAUUGCUGAUAUUGCCAUUUCUGCCUGUGAAUUUAUGUUUGAAGAAACAAGGAAUUAUGUCAAACAAAGAAAAGCUUUUGGGAAAACAGUUGCACAUAUCCAGACGGUGCAACACAAACUAGCUGAAUUGAAAACACACAUCUGUGUGACCAGAGCUUUUGUGGACAGCUGUCUCCAGCUGCAUGAGGCAAAACGUCUGGACUCCGCCACUGCUUCCAUGGCAAAAUAUUGGGCAUCUGAACUACAAAACAAUGUGGCUUAUGAUUGUGUGCAGCUCCAUGGAGGAUGGGGAUACAUGUGGGAGUACCCUAUUGCAAAAUCAUAUGUGGAUGCCCGAGUCCAACCAAUCUAUGGUGGUACCAAUGAAAUAAUGAAGGAGCUGAUUGCUAGAGACAUCAUACGUGACAAAUAAACAACCGCUCACAUUUUGGCAGCCAAUUACUGCUGUUCUGGAUUUAAAUCUCUUCAUGAUCGAGUACAAUGUGCAAAGGAAAAAUGUCUUAAUUUUUUAAUACAGAAUGAAACAAAGUUUGGAGUUGAAAAAUUGCACUGUGAGGAAGAGUUCUUUAUAUACUAACUUCUGAAAUUUUCAAAUGGGAAGCUUAAAUUUUAAUACCAAUUUACAUAAGCUGAGAAAGAAAAAGGAGGAUAAUACAUUUUAGUAUCUGAGUGGCUCAAACUUAAAUUUAAUCUAAAAUUUUAAAAUAAGCUUAAUUUGAGUUUGAAUUAACAUAGUCCAACUUAACUUGGAAAAAUUCCAACUGACUUUUGCUAAAGUUAUCCACCUAAUUUCUUCAGUUUCUAUACCUGACAAGGUCUUAUUUAGUAACUGCCCUUUCCACUUUAAUUUAUAAGAGAAUUGUCAUUUAGUAAUAGUCCCCUUAUCCAUUUUUUAAAACUUAGGUACAUUUCAUCAAUCUCAAAGGAAUGGCCUGUAUUUCAGAGGAAAAUAAUUAAUGCCAGUAAAUAUGGAAUUUUUAAUUUGCAAAUUAACCACAUUAAGAACAUGUUUUAUAUUUAUUAGCAAAACAUUAAA